AUGACUCUUGGUAGAGGGUAUGACGAGUUGAAACCAGAAGGAGCCGACUAUGAUACCGUGGAACCGGAGCAUGGCUACGUCAAAAUGAAGGGUGAGCAAGAAGGACGCAAAGAAAGUCAAUCUGUUGGACGGUCUUCUAAAGAUAAGUCCAAAAAAAAACAUUCGCGUACACCGUCAUCAGGGAAAGGCCGAAAACGCGGGGAAAGUGAAUAUGUGUUUAAAGAGCUACAAAAUUGA